CGAAUGCGUCUGAUUCAAGCAAAUCAUAACACGGCCACGCCAAGUGACUGGCAUUUCACACACAGCUGACUUUGACUGCGUAGUCAGUUCGCCUAUCUUAUUAAGGACCUAGUGAGCAGUGCCACUUUAGUAGGUGACAUUGCCGGAGCAGUUGAGGCGAGGAUGAGACCGACAGUGAAGUUUGGUUAUGUUAAAAUAGAGAUUGAUUGGCGAGUUCGUACAAGUGGAGUUGGACGGCAACAAAACGGCUCUAGAGGAAGGGGGCAAGUCAAGCUGUCGAGCUCGCUGCAUCAAUUGUGUCUGGAGGCUCGCAACGCGUAUAAAUUAGUCUCUGAUAUCACGAUGAAUCUGGCUACAAUACACAGUCCUGACUCUGUUCUUUAUUCUACAAGCAACAACUAAGGAAUUACGAUGAUAAACAUUGCGAAGAUGACAAUGCGCCGGUUUGUAACUGCGUUGAUUCUGUUCAGAAAUUUGAGUCUGGGAUGCACAGACACGGGUUGCCAUGAUCGACGCAUGGUCUACGGGUUUGACAAUAUUGAACCGUCUGCCGACCUCACGUGGGAACCGUGUUUCGACGGCUUCAAAUGCUCCAGACUGCAAGUUCCUCUGGAUUAUUCAAACAAGAGCCUCGGCAACGCUUCAAUUGCAUUCAUCAAACUCGAGGGCAAGAAUGCCACCUCCAAGUCCCCAAGCAUUCUUCUCCUGCCCGGCGGUCCUGGCGGUUCUGGUGUCGACCUCCUUCUUACAGAAGCUACCGUCGCAGCGGAAAUGUUUGGAGGCCAUUACAGCAUAGUCUCCUUUGAUCCCCGUGGUGUGAACAAUAGCGGUCCAAGUCUCAACUGCUUCUCGGGGAAUCCAGAGGCAAGGCAGGAAUUUUACCGGCUGCAUAAUACGGGUAUUGCCAACAUCUCAUCUACAUCGCUCGAGGACCAGUACUAUUCAAGCUCAGUAUACGGGGAAUGGUGCAACCAUGUUGUCCAGACCGAGUCGCCCUUCGGAUAUUAUGUGACUACACCGGCAGUUGCCAGAGAUUUACUUACCUUUAUUGAAGCCGAGGCCGUGAUGACCGGUCGGAAAGCAGCAGAAGCCAAACUGUGGGCUUACGGUAUUAGCUAUGGGACCGUCACCGGCGCCACUUUCGCGUCCAUGUUUCCCGACCGCGUGGAGCGCAUGAUUCUCGAUGGUGUCGUGAACGCAGAACUAUACUAUCACAAUGAUUAUACCGCCAACCUCGAUCAAAUGGACGAAGCUAUAGGGAAAUUCGUCAGCUUAUGCCACUCUGCUGGCCCUGAGAGAUGCUCCUUUUGGGGACCUACCCCCGAGAACAUCACGGGCAGAUUGGACAACAUCAUUCAACAAUUUCAUAACCGUCCGGUCCCAAUAAGCGGAGCGCAGACUCAGCAGGUACCGACCAUGGUGACCUAUGCAGAUCUCAAGACCCUUUUUCUCAACACCAUAUACCUCCCAAUCGCCGAGUUCCCAGUCAUGGCUGACAUCCUACAUCAAGUCGAGCAAGGAAAUGUGUCUGCUCUCGCCCAGACCUUCCAAAAUGCCAUCAUCACCGACGAUGCUAAUCACAUUAUCCAAUGCGCAGAUGCAUACCGUACAAACAGCUUAACCUCUAUCGAAGACUUCAAGGAUUAUGUCGAGUACGCAACUCAUACGAGCAAAUACAUUGGUGAUCUCUAUCCCAUCUAUGUGGACACUAUUGUCUGCAGGUCAUUUCGACCGCAUUUGCCUGAUAGCAUGGUUGUGCGGGACCCGAUGAUUGGACUCAACAAAACUACGUUUUUCCCGAUCGUGUUUGCCAGCAACACCAUCGAUCCAAUAACGCCCUUGAUAUCGGCACAGAAGAGCUCUUCUCGAUUUCCGGGUUCGGUCCUUUUGUUGCAGGAGGCUAUUGGUCAUACAGUUGUGAAUCAGGGAGCGUCAGACUGUUAUAUCGAACAUGUUCAGGCAUACUUUCGAGGCACAGUCCCGACAUCUAACACGACAUGUGCCGAGCAGUACAUACCUUUCAUCGACAACCUCCUUUAGGAACCAACACCCUGGUGUCACAGAUUUCCAGGUCAUUUCUGGUUCACCCAUGAUAGACUAGCUACUCUACCAACCUUCUAGGACACGCAGAGGCACAGCACGCGGUACCGCUAGAUAUUACUGUACGGAUUACUUCUUGGGAAUGAAGGGGCAGCUCUUUAAUAUAGUCAAAAUGUGAAUAACACCAGUGGAGUUUUGCAUUCUCGCUCUGUGUUUGGAUGAAAUAUUCUGCAUAUUUCUAAUAAUGGUAUCAUGAGUUAGUCUCCAUUGCUUUUGCGGUACACUUGUUCUUAUGAUUGAUAUUGAUGUCAUAGAAAGAGAAAGAACUAUUUCCCUUGUGUAAAUUAACAGC